AUGGCCCAUAAUACAAUUGGUAAAAUUAUCUACGAGACUUGUAAUGCUAUUUGGGAUGUUUUUUCUAGCAUUCAUAUGCCGUUCCCAAGCACUGAAUUAUUUGAACAAAUUGCCUAUGAUUUCGAGAAACUAUGGAAAUUCCCGAACUGUAUUGCAUGUAUUGAGUCAAAACAUAUUCGUAUAAAAUGCCCAAAUAACUCUGGUUCGAUGUUUUAUAAUUACAAAGGUUAUUUUUCUGUCCACUUACAAGGAGUCUGUGAUGCCAAAUACAAAUUUAUAUCGGUUGAUAUAGGAGCAUACGGACGACAGAGCGAUAGUGGAAUAUUUACCGAAUCAAAUAUUUUUAAAAAUUUGGAAGCUAAAUCCUUCAAUGUACCUAAUUACAGACCAUUACCGAACACAACUACUCCAAUGCCAUUUGUUCUGUUGGGUGAUCAAGGAUAUCCACUGAAAGAGUAUCUAUUAAGACCCUAUCCAUUUGAUAAAAAUUUGGAUUCGGCAAAAGAAACAUUUAAUUAUCGUUUGAGCAAAGCUCGGCGUAUGAUUGAAUGCACUUUUGGAAUUUUGGUAUCGAAAUGGAGAUGUUUAAAAACCGAACUUCAAAUGAACCCGGAACAUGUUGAUAUAGUUAUUAAGACUAUAUGUUUAUUACAUAUAUUAUCAUUGAUAAGACGUAUAGACGAGACACUAUUGGAGCAGGUUCGUCGUGACUCACUAUAA